CAGACGGCUGCAAAAGCGUACAUAGAUGGCCUCUAAACAGAGUCCAGGAUGAAAGUAUUACGAACCGAGAAUUAAGAACAGAAGUAAUAAAAGGCUACAUAUUUAGCCCUCAGCAUGGAAAAGUCUCCAAGCUCUUGACAUCAGUUCUCAGCAUGAGAUGUCUCCAGGCUCUUGGCAGCAGUUGAGUAAAGCAGACAGAUCUGUUGCAACUUCUCCCGAAGUGCCAACUGAGUAGAAGAGGAGAGAUCAUCGUCACUGGAGAUCGACAACUUGGAGCAGCUGCCAGAAAACUUGUCCUGCACCGUGAGGUUUGCUUCAGGAGUGGAAAUGCCACCAUGAGAUAUCUUCAAGGAAGUAGAUUGUCUCUUGUCAUGAUCUUGCCGUGAGCAAGUAACCAAAGAAAAACAUGUAUUCUAGGUGGCACAACCAAGGACCAGACAACAGGGCAGGAAAACUAAAUCUACACUGUAUGCACGUAUUGAUCAAACGACUAAAAAAUGACACGCGUUCUCUCGGUGGUCUGCCCUCCCAUCCUGCUUCUCCUCCCGGAUUUUCUAGUCCCGCACGAAAGCAAAAAAAAAAAAGCCCCGAUCCCGUCGUCUCUCUUUCUAGUCUCGUUGUCUAGGGUUCCCACCUCCGCCUUUGCCGCCGCCUUUCCCUAACUUCGUCGUCGCUCGGGCAGAGAGGGAACGCCACCACCUUCUCGUCCACCAGCACCAGGUCCCCCUCCUGCUCCCGCUCGCUCGCCGCAUCCUCUCCUCCUUCUGCCGCCCCCACCUUCUCGUCCCCCCUUCUCCUUCCUCAACUCGCACCUCCUCCUCACCUCGUUGUUGUCUCUUUCCCCACCUUCCCGUCGAUCCAGAAGCAAGGGAUCGGGGCGGCUGCGUCGGUUAAAUCGACGAUGAAGCAAGGAGACGGGGCAACCUCAUCAGUGAAAUUGAUGAAAAAGGAAGGGGAAGGGGGUACCUCCCAGGUGAAACCAAAGCGGAAGUUGCGGAGGAUAGGUGACCUGGCUGGUGCAAUUCGGAGAACCGAAGGGGUGGAGCAAGAGCAUCCACCACCGAGACUUGUGGCGACGAGAAGAGAAGAUGGGUUAAGCGAUGAGUGGGAUGCUUGUGCGAUUUGUGACGAUGGUGGUGAAUUAAUCUGGUGUGAGGGUGGAUGUCUGAGGUCCUUUCACCCAAUCAAAAUAUGUGGCCUGGAUUCAAUGUGCACAAGCCUUGGGCUUACUGAAGAACAUUGGCAAACCCUCCACGCUAAUAAACAAGAGAAAUAUAUAUGCAAGAACUGUGAGAAUAAGCAACACCAGUGUUUUGCUUGUGGAUUGUUGGGGUCUUCAGACUUGAUUUCAGGAUCUGAGGUGUUCAAAUGCAAGGAAAAAAAUUGUGGCCACUUCUACCAUCCAAAAUGUGUUGCUGAACUUCUCUACCCUGAUAGCAAAGGCCUGGCCAUAUAUUUUGAGGAACAUGUGGCUAGUGGACUUGAAUUCCAUUGCCUCAUGCAUAGAUGCAGUUUAUGUAAAGAAGCAGAGAACAGGGAUGAUACAGACAUGCAACUUGCAGUAUGCAGGCGCUGCCCAACUGCAUACCAUCGGAAGUGCUUGCCAAGUGAUAUUUCCUUCAUAGAGGACAAUGACGAGGGUACUCAACAAAGGGCGUGGGAUAACAUUCUCCCUGAUCAGAUUUUGAUCUACUGCAUGAAGCAUGAGAUUGACAAAGAUCUGGGAACUCCCAAGAGGGACCACAUUGUGUUUCCUGAUGACCGCCCCUUGUCCGAACCACCUCAAUCGUCUCAGCCAGCAGAAAUGGGAUCUGAUCGGGUGAAGGGCAUUGAUUCAUUUGCGUCGAAGCACUUGUUCCCGCAUCCCCAACCAGGUUCAUGUGGUUGGAUCGAUGACUGAUCAACCAUUCGCUCCCUCUGUUGGAGAUAAACCUGCAGUAAACCCAUGGAUAGGUUCCAUCUUGAUACAUCAUGAGACAUACAUGGUUAAUGUUGAGGAGUUGUGUUUCCUUCCGUCAGUUUAAUCUCAUGUAGUAAGAUGCAGAUGAACUUGAGAUAGAAAAUAUGUUGAGACGUAAUUACUUUGUGUGGCGUGUUAUUUUUGUGACUUUCAACCUUUCUCCUAAGUGGAUUCAUAGACAUAUCAAAUCGCUUAUUUUGAUGGAUGCCUGUGCUAUUUGUUGGUCUAUUUGGAACUGUUGUAAUGAUGUUGAUUCAUUUAAAAAAGUUAACCA